AUGCGCCUCUUUUUUAUAGCUGCCUUAGCUCUCUCACAAGCCUAUGUCGUGUUUUCUCAACAGGCAGUGUUGCAUGCAUCUUUGACCUGCGGAGAACGCGCCAAGCAAGCAGGCAUGUCCCCUGAUGGUUGGGAAGAAGUUUACGACAGCAAUGGUAUAAAAAAGUGCCGUCGGACAGCCGUCCAAGAAAUCUGCCACGGCGUUGAGUUUAUUGAUCCGAACACCAAAGAGAAGGGGUGUUGUCCAGAUGACACGAAUGUUCUCACAUGGAUUGACAAGCCUGCACAGAUAGGCAAGUGCUGCGGCAAGGAUCACGUAUGGACGCCUGAUAGCGGAAGCCGCUCUGAGCCCGGAGGGUGCUGCCCGGUUGGUCAUCACAUGAACAAUGGGAGGUGUGUCACAGACACUCCUACUGCCCCUUCUCAGCAGUGCCCGGUUGGGACACACUUGGUCGGCAGCCAGUGCGUCCCAACGGUCUCAUCCGUAAAUCCCUACCCUCAGACAUGUGGUAAUGGACACGGCGGUGUCGAACCCUCUUGCACGUGCACGAAUAAUCCAGUCUGUGGGCACGGCAAAUACCUAGGCAUCAAAUACGGUCACUGCUACAUCCUUUCCUUCUCCGAUGGGCAACAACUCGGCCUCAACCGGGACAAACCUGACUACGUCAAAAACGGCCUCUUCGAUGAUAUCCCCUUCAAAGUCUGCAAAUCGCCCACUGAUUGCUCCAGUGGAGAGGAGGUUGAGAUGGGCCAGUCCUUCUCCCUCCAAGAUCAGCAUGGAUUGUACGACGAUGUACUGGGAACGAAAGGGUGGAUCAAUAACGCCUUUGGUGGCCACUCGAUGUUCACCCCCAAUGGCAACGAAGCCGGGAAAUUCAAUGGUAUCCCGACUUGUGCCGGCGGUGAAUGCGCUCUUCAACUGCGUGGUGGUCCCAUUAACACUGCGUUGAAAUUCACUUGCCCAACCGACACGCCCUCAGUUUCAAGCUACGGCAACCCUAAAGUCGGUACGAAACUUCGCUUCUCUGAAGUGACAUGCGACGACUAUGAGGUUCCCCCCACUUCUGGUAUUAAUCAAAACUGA